AAUACAUGGCGGAGAGUGAAGGAAGUCUACAUUCAAAUGCUGUAAAAAAAAUGUUCGCAAAGCUCCAAAAGAAUUGGUUCUUGAUCGGAAUCGUUGUUGUUAUUUGUCUAGCUAAGUUUGCCCCUUUUAUUGGAGCAAAAGGUGGAAUUCUUAGACCAGAAAUCACCGUCAAAUAUAUAGCUGUUUCAGCCAUCUUCUUGAACAGUGGACUGUCCUUGAAGUCAGAAGAGUUGAAAAGCGCUCUUAGCAACGUUAGAUUACACCUUUUCGUUCAGGGCUUUACGUUGGCUUUUGUACCUGGCUUUUUUUCGCUGUUAGUGAAGCUUUUAGAGUUAAGCAGCUUGAAUGAAUGGCUUCUGAAAGGUCUUCUUGUGGUGGGUUGUAUGCCUCCGCCUGUAUCCUCGGCCGUGAUUCUAACAAAGGCUGUCGGUGGAAACGAAGCGGCUGCGAUCUUCAACUCAGCAUUUGGUAGUUUUCUGGGAAUAUUCGUCACUCCGUUUUUACUGCUCGUGUUCCUUGGUUCUUCAUCUGCGGUUCCUUUUGCAUCCAUUGUGGGUCAGUUGUCCAUGACGGUUGUGUUCCCUUUACUUAUUGGUCAGUUUCUUAGAAGAUACAUCAAAGACUGGAUGGAACAAACCAAGCCACCUUUUGGAACGAUCAGUAGUUGUGUCCUUCUUCUCAUAAUCUAUACAACAUUCUGUGACACAUUUUCACAUAAGAGUGGCGAGAUCGACUCUUCAAGCAUAUUAGCGGUGGCAGUACUGAUAAUUUGUCUGCAAUGCUGUCUGUUGAUGUUGACGUUUUCCUUAGCAACCAUGAGAGAUUCUUCAUUCACCCCAGCAGACACAAUAGCAAUCAUGUUCUGUUCAACUCACAAGUCUCUCACACUGGGAAUUCCUAUGCUCAAGAUUGUUUUUUCAGGAUAUAAAUAUCUUUCCUUGAUUUCUAUCCCACUCCUCAUUUACCAUCCAGUACAGAUUUUACUUGGAGGUCUCUUGGUUCCAGUAGUGAAAGGAUGGAUGAUCAGUUGUCAGCAGAAGGGGAGAGUUGCUGGAACUGGAACUGUUUAGUGCUUGUGUUACCAAGAACGUAGUUUGCCUUUUCCCUUUUACAAGAUGUAAAAGCUUUGUGUACCACAGCCCCAAUAAAGCAUGCAAGAAAUUUUGAGAGAAUGAAAGAUGAAUAUGGGUUGCUUGAGACAUAACCAACAGCAACUCAAACUUCUUGUGUACUCUUAAUUUCUGGAGGCAUUUUUUCCUUAAAUAAUUAUACAACUGAUGCAUGCCAUUUUUACAUUUUCAAUGCAUUAUUUUAAAUGUUGUAUUGAAAGGGUUGCAAUGCAUGAAGUAAUUUGCAUCAAUUUGUAACUAGGAAAUAGUACACUAUUUAAAAAAAACUGAUGUAUAUGUAAAUGAUGGGAAGCAAGGGAAUCAAAGAUACAGAUGGGUCAAAAAAAGAUAUUUAAAAAUGAUAUUGACUUUUUCCAUACUGUCUGACAGGUGGGAAAGUUUGGUAAAUAUUAAUAUUAUUAAUAUGGGAUAUUAAUAUUUUACUCAGACUGCAACUUUCAAGCCUGUAUCAAAUGUUUCUUUGAUAAUGAGAGAAUUGCAGAAGUAAAAUAAGUAAGUAAAUUAAAGGGAAUCAGCAAAAGCUCACUUUAAGUUUGUUGUUUGCUUUUUGAUGCAGAGCCAACAGAAACUGAAAACUGACUUAUAGAUGCUUGGAAUAUAAGGAAAACUCUGUUUAUAACUCAUAUUUUAAGCUAGGAAAAAAUUACUCUGGCUUCUGACAUAUUUGGGUGGUCAGAUAGAGAUGAUUGUGAAUUAAGUGAGAGGUUGUUUGCAGGGGUUUUAAAAACUUUCUCUAUAAGCGGCUGUGGAUGGUUUAAUAGGAAGCUGUACUCAGAAAAGGAGGUUUGGUCCUUUUGGGAAGCAAAAGUGUAUUAAGAAUUAUGAGUACUAUCUAUAUUUGGUU